GAGCGCGCACGACAAGGUUGAAUAAGAACAUCGUUGAGAUCCGCAAAAGUUUUGUAUUUCUUGACAGACUCUUACUUCACCAGGCACCAACUGAAAAACUAUUGCUUGGCUGUAAUAAUGCUAAAGAAAUACCAGUCCCUUGCAUGCUUCUUAUAUAUUUCGGUGGUGUACGUGUCUUUGGGAUAUGCUGACUGCGGCGAUCAAGGCAUUCCUUUACCUCCAACUUCACCACAAAUCCGACAGUGCUUAACUGCUGGACCGGUAUCGUAUUUUUAUCUCAGCUUCCCCAUUGAAUAUGAGAUUACAGCGACGAAGAUCUACAUUUCAGAAAGCAAAGUUCAAUGGAUUGAAUUGCAGGCGCUACUGUCAAAUACGUAUGUGAAUCGUGAUCAUUUCAAGCCACGACACGGUCCUGGGUCACAAGAGUUAGUACUUUCCAAACCAGUCAUAACUAGGUCUUUACGAAUUGUGCUGGGGAGACCCCACCAGACCCGCCCCACCCGAAUUUGUUUUCUUGGGGUAGUGUAUGGAUGCGAGGCAACCCCUCAAGGUUGUAUUAUGCCUGGCUCUCCAGUCCUCUUCAAAGAUGGAGGGAAAUACUUGAAAGGGCGAUUUUCGUUGACCACGAGGCGUUCCGGAUGGGAGAUUGUUUAUGGAGAGAAAUUCAUCUAUAAUAACAAAAAUAUCAUUCUUGAUGAGAAACCACCAAGCGUGCUCCUUGAGGGAACUGCAGUCGUUGGGAAAGAUUCGGAAGGGAACUUAAGAGAGGGAAAAGCAAAACAAAUGUGCUUGUAUCCAAAUCAAUGCACGGUCGAGACCAACGGUGUAGAAUGGCAAAGUAAGUUCGAUGACGUCAGGCUUUUGACGGGAAAACUGUGUAAAUAAUCUGCGUCUACGAUCGUUUUUGAUAUUUAACUCCCUUUUGUCAGUCUUGUUUUUUCAGUUUGUGUUCUUCGCCCGAUUAAAACCGGUUUUUCAGCGCUGAAAUGUUUUGUACAUUUUAUGUACUUCUCUCUUCUCAGUACAGCAUUCUUUGUUCUAAAAGCUAGAGUACUUUUCAUUUCAAAGUUAUUUCUAUAUGAUGAAAAUAAUUAAGAGGGAUGUUUGAGUGCUUUUAAAACUUGCCAAAAGAAAAAACUAUCUACAAAGAUGGAAGACCUUCGUUCUCAUAAAUUGAUCGAUCCUCCACUUCACGAUCUAGCCGGAAGUCAAACUUGCCAGGAAGAGAUAAAUUUAUCAUAAAAUACCUUCAUAUAGAAUUGAUUCUCGUUCAUAUUCAUUUUAGUUCUCUAUAUCUAGAUAUGGUUAAAUGCUUAAUAAACAUGAAGGAGAAAAUG